AUGCAAAGCACCAGCGUGACGCUCCAGUCCAGGAAGAGGAAACGAGAUGUCUCCAAUGUGGACAAUGAGAUGGGAGAAAGGAUUGGGAAAAUCCCCAGAUGCACUGUGGGAUUGAAACACCCUGCACCUUUCGCGGAUGAGCUCGUGCCAGCGAACGCGCAACCCUACGAGAGAGUCUGCAUGGAGGAGGCCAAACGGGGAACGCAACCGGAAAGACCGGUGCGGGUUUACGCCGAUGGAAUCUUUGAUGUUUUCCACUCAGGGCAUGCUAGGGCUCUUAUGCAGGCAAAAUGCCUCUUCCCAAAUACACACCUCAUUGUUGGUGUGUGCAGCGACGACCUGACGCACAAGUUCAAGGGCUUCACGGUCAUGAACGAAGACGAGCGCUACGACGCCGUCCGGCAUUGUCGCUACGUGGACGAAGUGGUGCGAAACGCUCCCUGGACGUUAACGCCGGAGUUCCUCGCUAAGCACCGCAUCGACUUUGUGGCUCACGAUGACAUCCCGUAUUCCUCGGCGGGGAGCGAUGACGUUUAUAAGCACAUCAAGGAAGCAGGCAUGUUCGCUCCCACACAGCGCACAGAAGGAAUCUCCACCUCCGACAUCAUCACCCGCAUCGUCCGCGACUACGACCUGUACGUCAGGCGCAACCUGCAGCGCGGCUACACGGCCAAGGAGCUCAACGUCAGCUUCAUCAACGAGAAGAAGUACCACCUGCAGGAGCGCGUGGACAAGGUCAAGAGGAAAGUACGAGACGUGGAGGAGAAGAGUAAGGAGUUUGUCCUAAAGGUGGAGGAGAAGAGCAUCGACCUCAUCCAGAAGUGGGAGGAGAAGUCCAGGGAGUUCAUUGGCAAUUUUUUGCAAAUGUUCGGGCCUGAAGGAGCUCUGAAGCACAUGCUGAAGGAAGGCAAAGGUCGCAUGCUGCAGGCCAUCAGCCCUCGCCAAAGCCCGAGCAGCAGCCCCGCCCGCGAGGAGCGCUCGCCCUCGCCCACUUUCCGCCUGCCCUUCUUCAACAAGAGCUCGCCACCCCCCUCGCCAUCGGCGCACCACAGCGGGGCACGCGGUUACCUCAUCAGCGAAGACGACGAAGACAAUGACGACCGAGAUGAUGACAACUAG